GGUCACUGUUUCUCCCUAUGUAUAUACACUGGGUCCCUGGAUAUUUCAGCCAGAACAGUUAGUUACCUAUUACUUCCUCCAGGAAGCCUUCCUGGAAUGCUCAGGUCAAGCUGAGCCCAGCACCCUGCUCUCUCUGAUAGUUCCUCUGGCUCUGCUCUUGCCAACCUGGAUUGUAACUGUUUUUGUUUUUGGCUUCCCCACUAAACUGGCAAACCCAUGGGGUGCAAAACAUUCCUCCAUCAGUCUCCCUGGGUUUUCUGGGCUUCACAUCUGUCUCUGAGUUUCUGGUCUAUCCGGAAUUUUCAGUGUCUCUGUCUCUGUCUCCAUCUCUGGGUCCCUGAAUGUCUCAGAGUCUGUGAUUUCUGGUUUUCAGUGUUUUUGCUCUCAGUUUCUGAGUUACUGUCUAAAGGGUCCCCAUUUCUCUAAGUCUCUAACUUGGUCUCUGUCUCCGGGGUCUUCUGGCCCUGCCAGGCUGGGCACUGCCACUUUGGCCUGAGGGGCCUCUUGGGGGUGGGGGGGUCCUUGCUGCCCCGCCUGCCCACAACGAGGCCAGGCUAGGGUAGGCCCCCGCCCAGCCGCUGCCUGCUCCCUCCCUCCCUACCGCUUGCCUCACCACAGGGUUUGAUGAAUCAAACUCUUUGUCUGGGUGGGAUCUCCCCCAGCCAGCUGGGCAGACAGAGGGCUUCCCCUGCCGGAGCAGCAGAACGUCAGCACCGGGUCUCGCUGGAGAGGCCCAGGUGAGCAGUAGAGUAAAGGAGGAAUGGACUGUGGGCCACCUGCCACUCUUCAGCCCCACCUGGUUGGGCCACCUGGCACUGCCCGCCACCCAGUAGCUGUGUGCCAACAGGAGAGUCUGUCCUUUGUGGAGUUACCCACCCUGCAGCCCCCAAGCCCUGUGUGUCUGGACCUCUUCCCUGUCACCCCAGAGGAGCUGCAGGCUCCUGGCAGCCGCUGGUCCCUGGGGACCCCUGCUCCUCUCCAAGGGCUGCUAUGGCCACCAUCUCCAGGAGUCCCAGACACCGAGAUCUCCACCAGUGGGGGAAUGCGACCCAGCAGGGCUGGCAGCUGGCCACACUGUCCUAGUGCCCAGCCCCCAGCUCUGGAGGGACCCUGGAGUCCCCAGCACCCACAGCCACAGCGCCGGGCCAGCCAUGGCUCAGAGAAGAAAUCGGCCUGGCGCAAGAUGCGAGUGUACCAGCGUGAAGAGGUCCCUGGCAGCCCGGAGGCCCACCCUGUCUUCCUCCAGCCUGGCCAGGUGGCAGAGCAGACCCUGAGUACAGAGGAGCCUAGGCCACUGGAGCUGUCUGGGCCCGCCCGAGUGGGCCUGGAAGGGCCUGAGCGGAGACGCUUCUCAGCCUCUGAGCUGAUGACCCGGCUGCACUCUUCCCUGCGCCUGGGGCGGAAUUCAGCAGCCAGGGCACUGACCCCUGGCUCGGGCACUGGAGCAGCCCGGGAAGGGAAAGCAUCUGGAAGGGAGUCACGUGGUGUAGAGGUGAGGGUGGACGGUGUGGCGAUGGCAGCCCCUGUCGACCCAAGCGGAGGCCAUGGCAGCUGGCCCGAGUCCAGGCUGGACUUGCAGGAAGAGCCAACUCUGGGUUCCAGGAGCGCCAGCGAAAGACGCCAGUCACGGUUCCUCCUUAACUCCGUCCUCUACCAGGAAUACAGCGACGUGGCCAGCGCCCGCGAACUGCGGCGGCAGCAGCGCGAGGAGGAGGGCCCUGGGGACGAGGCCGAGGGCGCGGAGGAGGGGCCCGGGCCGCCGCGCGCCAACCUCUCCCCGAGCAGCUCCUUCCGGGCGCAGCGCUCGGCACGAGGCUCCACCUUCUCGCUGUGGCAGGACAUCCCCGACGUGCGCGGCAGCGGCGUCCUGGCCACGCUGAGCCUGCGCGACUGCAAACUGCAGGAGGCCAAAUUUGAGCUGAUCACGUCCGAGGCUUCAUACAUCCACAGCCUGUCAGUGGCCGUGGGUCACUUCUUAGGCUCAGCUGAGCUGAGUGAGUGCCUGGGGGCUCAGGACAAGCAGUGGCUGUUUUCCAAACUGCCUGAAGUCAAGAGCACCAGCGAGAGGUUCCUUCAGGACCUGGAGCAGCGGCUGGAGGCAGAUGUCCUGCGCUUCAGCGUGUGCGAUAUUGUGUUGGACCACUGUCCAGCCUUUCGCCGUGUCUACCUGCCCUACGUCACCAACCAGGCCUACCAGGAGCGCACCUACCAGCGCCUGCUCCUGGAUAACCCCAAGUUCCCCAGCAUCCUGGCUCGCCUGGAGGAGUCUCCUGUGUGCCAACGUCUGCCCCUCACCUCCUUCCUCAUCCUGCCAUUUCAGAGGAUCACACGCCUUAAGAUGCUGGUGGAGAACAUCCUGAAGCGGACAGCACAGGGCUCUGAAGAUGAAGACAUGGCCACCAAGGCCUUCAAUGCACUCAAGGAGCUGGUACAAGAAUGCAAUGCCAGCGUGCAGUCCAUGAAGAGGACGGAGGAGCUCAUCCACCUGAGCAAAAAGAUCCACUUUGAGGGCAAGAUCUUCCCACUGAUCUCUCAGGCCCGCUGGCUGGUGCGGCAUGGGGAGCUGGUGGAGCUGGCACCACUGCCCGCAGCUCCCCCGGCCAAGCUAAAGCUGUCCAGCAAGGCAGUCUACCUGCACCUCUUCAAUGACUGCUUGCUGCUCUCCCGGAGGAAGGAGCUAGAGAAGUUUGCGGUCUUUGUCCAUGCCAAGAUGGCCGAGCUGCAGGUGAAGGACCUGAGCCUGAAGCCCCAGGGGAUCCCUGGCCACGUGUUCCUCCUUCAGCUCCUUCAUGGGCAGCAUACAAAACACCANNCUCUCCUUAGAAGUGAGAAGCAGCGAUGGAUCUCUGCCAUGUGCCCCUCCAGCCCCCAGGAGGAUAAGGAGGUCAUCAACGAGGGGGAAGACCGCCCCCAGGUUCAGUGUGUCAGGACAUACAAGGCAUUGCAGCCAGACGAGCUGACCUUGGAGAAGACUGACAUCCUGGCAGUGAGGACCCGGACCAGUGACGGCUGGCUAGAGGGGGUCCGCCUGGCAGAUGGCGAGAAGGGAUGGGUGCCCCGGGCCUACGUGGAAGAGAUCGGCAGCCUCAGCGCCCGCCUCCGAAACCUCCGGGAGAAUAAGCGGAUCACCAGUGCCACCAGCAAACUGGGGGAGCCCCCUGCGUGACGGGCAACCAUGGCCUGGGACACCAGCUCCAUACCCGGCUCCCAGACAGCUCCGGAGGGGGCCUGCAGUGUCUCCCUGCCCGAAGCAGCUGCUGCUGGGACUAUUGCUCUGUGGCCGGGCAUCAGCAGUACAGCCUGUUCUCAUGUUCCUCAGUGUCCACUCUUCAGGGCUAAGGACAGUUUCUUCCUCUGGUAUUUGGGCCACCCCUAGGUGACCUCUGAUAUCUGGCAAGGACGGGGCCCUCUCUCUUCCAUGCCCUUGACCCUGCCUGACUCUUGGUCCCUAGGGGCCUGGCUGGGAAAGGCUCUGGGAUUAAUGGGCGCUGGGACCUGUAUGUAUCUGGGAUCUUCUGGCCAGAGCCUGUGUGUUCCCUGGUUGUUGUGACUUCUCUGUCAAUAAACUCCCAUAAUGCCUUUGCUUGGA